AUGUCGAAUACUCGGCGGCCGCCCCUCUCCAGCAAUCCCAAUGCUGCCAAUUCUCCCUUGAGGGGUUCGGCUGCAGCCGCCGCCGCCAGGACCAAACGGUCGAUGGCGAGCAUUCAACGCGAGGAAGCCUAUGGCCAGCCUCCUCCGUUGAAGAAGCAGAUGCUUGACGGUGGCUCACACCGAGCUGUUCGGGCCCCGGCGGCGUCUUUAGCCUCGAGGCCUCGACCCGUGGUUCACGUCCAGCGUUCCAGGAUCGCCAAACCUGUCGUCACCACUACCACCGCCACUACCACGACCGAGGCCGCGCAGUAUCAGAGAAUCCAGGAAAGGGACUUCCUUAGCUGGCAAAAACAGUACAGGGCGAGGUUCCCUCGUAUGGUCUUCUUCUUUGAUAGUGUUCCCGAUGACGUUAGGGGCAAGCUCGUCAAGUUCAUCGUGUAUCUUGGAGCUCGCGAGGAAAAGUUCUUUUCCAUUGAUGUUACUCAUGUGGUUACCACUCGAUCCUUACCGCAGCCUAAUCCUUCUACCGAACACGACGCCGCCGAAACCGCCCGUUCGAAACGCGACAGCCAUGCCGAAGAACAGCCCCAGACCAUUAACCCAUCUCUUCUUGACUGUUCUUCAGAAUCCCGCCGAAGAAUGCUUAUUGAGAUGGGCAACCGUCGAGCAGCUCAGCAACAAGACGACCUUGCGCGGUUAAAAGCGGCAAGGAACAAUGAUAUCCUGUAUAAGGCGAGGGACUUGGGAAAGCGUAUAUACACGGUCGAGAAGCUCCAGCGCAUCCUGGACAGUCUUCUGGAGGGUGACCCGUAUGUCUCCAGGUCCGUCAGCUCACGCGAGCAGUCUCGCGGAGAUGAUCUUGCUAAGCUUCUGCGACGAGAACGUCUAAACGGUCCUUCGGAUCGCGACCCCAAGGCCGUCACCAAGGAGCUCAACUACUUCCGCGGACCUUACAUCUACGUCUACGAUAUGGAUGAGAAGACGAAACCCGUCAUGGUUAGGGAAUACCCCAAGGUCGCAGAUAAGACGGACGGCGAAUGGCCCCAAUUCAAGACUGUGAGCCAAGGACGCUGCCCGUUUGUGGACGAGAGCUUGGCCGAUGCUAAGCUCAUGAGGCGUGCCAUGGAACGGAAGGCUGCGAAAGAAGCCGCUGCUAAAGCUGCUUCUGCUGCCGCCACCGCGGCUUCAAUUGCUCCAACCGAGCAUGAACAGCGGCCUGCGGAGCCUCAAGCUCCCCGUGUUACGGGCAAGCGCGUCCGUGAUGAAUAUGGCGACCCACUGACCGAGACAAAAGAUGUCCAAAAUAGGACCGUCUACAGUGUGCGGCCGACCGACAUCUUCAACCCUCCCAAAGACAUCACUACCAUGACACAUAUCGACUUCACGUCGCAAAAGUUCUUCACUGGACGAGCUGGCACUGGACGUGUAUUUGCUGGCGAGCCGGUGGCUUCUGGUGUCCAGCCUUCAAAUGUCACCUCUGCCAUCCGCUCCCAAGCGAUUUCGUCGAAUGCUGGCGUGCCAGGUACCAAGGCCGGCACGAGCAAGGAGUUGCACAACCUACAGAAGAAGGUUUUGCAAAAGGCCACUCCCAUCACGCACCACAACGAAACCGAUCACCGCUGCGUCACUGCCACCCAUAGCGUAGAAGCUGCGGCUGUGAGCAGGACGAAUAGCAAGGCUCCGGAUACUAUUGAGGGAAGUGAAGGAAGGGCGAAAAGGGCAACCUCUCAAGCACCAGCAGCAGCCCCUCAAAAGGCUAAGAAGGAUAUGAAGCCGGGUUACUGUGAGAACUGCCUUGAAAAAUUUGACGAUUUCGAUGAUCACGUCGUUUCUCGAAAGCAUCGCAAAUUCGCUGAAUCCCUCGAUAACUGGGCGGAGCUUGAUGAGCUUCUAAGGGUCCUGGACCGGCCGCUGAAGUAUUCUCACCUGAGCGGAGACGUCGAUACCCACGGGUGGUAA